AUGCUGGGCGAUCUCAUGGAGAGAACAUCUCUGGCGGAUGCGCUAGACAAAUUGCAGUCUGAUGUUGCUUCGCAAAGCUUUGCCGGACUGGAUGCACUGAAGGGGUGGCUUGAGGAUCAAGGAAACCUUGAGAAGGCGGACGGCGAUCCAGAAGUUUGGCCAGCAGUGCUGAAAGUCUUAGAGAAGUAUGGCAAGCGCCAGUUGCAGGCCCUUUUCAAAGCAGGUGGUCGCAAAGGCACCUUCAAAGCCGAUGGUCCCGCGGUGUUGCAGCAGGUUUUGCAGCACAUGGGUCGCAGGCGGUUGCGAAAAACAGCACCGACCGCACCCUUGGUGAAAGCGCAACAGCGAAUUUGGAUGCACAUCGAGGAAGUCUUGCGCAGCGAGAUUGUGGGAGCCAAGCAGCCGGAGUCAUUGUUCUAUUUUUGCAAAGCUGCCGCAGCGCUGUCAGAAGCAGCAGAGCAUGGAGCACUUCUAGAGCUCCGUGGCAGCGCUGUGAAGCGACUUUGGAAACCCUUGUUGGAGGUGUCCGGCAGUUCCCGCACACAAGGCAUCGCUUUGGAUGCUGCAGCCAAUCUGUGUCGCCAUUUGGAUGGUGACAUUGUGGGGGACUUGCCGUUCAUUUGUGAGCGGUCAUUGGCGUUGUUGCAGAGCUGCGGGCAAGCCGCAGCAAACUGCUUGGCAGCUGCGGCCCUUCGUGCUCCGUUCGCGUUCAGAGACUGGCUCACACGGCACCUAGAGAUGUUGCUGGGAAAAGUUACUGCUUCGUGGCCGACACAGCCGCAGAAUAUAGAUCAACUGGAACUUGUGCUGCGGCUAGCUUUGAACUUGGGUGUGACCUUGCCAAAGCGAGAGGCACAAACUCUCCUGCCAUUGGUGACCGAGACUUUAGAUCUCCAUGCGCGUGCCAAUGCUAGUGUGGAGCAGAGCCGUUGGCGCGGUGCCAAAGACCGCAGUACACUGCUGCGCACCCGCUUGGCAGACUUGAUGGCAGCAUUGCUUUGGCAAUCGCAUGGAUCUGCAACCGACGCGACAAACGAGAUUUGCACGCAAUUGGACCGUCGAUGCUUGCCAUGGGCUUUGUGUCUUGUGCGCUUUGCAGAGCGGGAGCACUGUUUGAGUGACCCAUUGCUAGUGCAGCUUCUGGCUGCUGUGUUGCGGCAGCUGUCGAAAGCCCGGGUGGAGAUGGAGCUCCCAGCCUUGCACACUGCUCUUGCAGCCUUGCUCAAUACACAUGGCUGGGCGCGGCUGGGUCAACGAAUUUCGCUUCCUGUGUGGUGCAGCUUGUUGUGCCCCGAGAUGCAGUGCUCACUUGCCAGUCCAGGCAUUGUCGAGUUGUUGCCUGCUUUAGAUCGACAUCAAUGCACACCAGAACUCUUGGCGCAGUUCACAGCUGUGGUGGAAUAUGUCAAGGCCGCAUCCAGCAACAAGCAGCUCUCAUCCAGCUUCUGGCCAGUACUCUCCAUGCUUUUUCUGCUGCUGCCCGUCAAUGACGUCAAAGAACUGCAGGAGAACUUCUUCUCACAGAUUUCCACCAAAUCACCAUCUCCGAUGCGUGCUUGCAUACCUGCCGCAGCAAGGCGACAGCAACUAGGAUUCGAUCUGCAAAGGCACCUGCUGGAGGUCUUGCUGCUGGAGACCUUCGACUAUCAGGCAGCUUUCCUAAGGAUCUCUUCAACUUCUCAUCUUCCAGACCCGCCAGAACCACAAGAAGCCGUCUCAGCGGAGUGGACCUUGGAGAUGAACGACUUCUACUUGGCGGUGCCACUGAAGGAAGUGCCCCAACAACCGGCAAGCGAACUGAUCCGCCAGCGCUGCUCGUGGCUUCAUUUCGAUACGGUCUUGCAAAGACGCUUGGCAAUGGCUGCCCUGUGUGAGACCACCGAAUCCAGGUCAGCACAAGGAAGUGGCGCUGCAGGCCUUGGUGCCGAGAUAGAUGAGGUGCUGCUGCAUCGCUUUGGCUCUGCAGCAGCGCUGCAGGUGGAUGAUGAUGCACUGUCAGUGGACUCUGGACACCUGUUCAGCACGCGCUUGGCUAGCCUGCAUUGGUGUCCUGCACCGGGCAAAGCUGCUUCUCAUCCUUGGGAAUGCAACAGACCUCAGCUGUGUCCGAAAUCCUUCGUGGUGAUCGUCGUCACAAUGCACAGGCCGGCGUUCAUGCUUCCACCGGCGCUUGCCAAGUAG